AUGAUUGAGCCCUUCCAGACUACCUUCGCGGUCCCAAUGACCUGCGAGAGCUGUGUGAAGCAUGUCUCCACCUCGUUGUAUAAGUUGGAUGGAAUCAAUAAGGUCGACGCAAACCUCAAAGAGCAACUGGUUUUCAUCGAAGGCACCGCGCCACCGAGCUCCAUCGUGUCCGCAAUCCAGGAUACCGGCCGCGAUGCGAUUCUCCGCGGUAGUGGCACAACAAACAGCUCCGCCGUCUGCAUCCUUGAAACACACUCCAACAGCGUCUCCAAUAAAGUCCGCGGCCUAGCCCGCAUGGUGCAAGUCUCCCCGAACAUGACCCUAGUCGACUUGACGAUCAACGGUCUGGCACCAGGCAAAUAUCACGCCACGAUUCGCGAAGCUGGCGAUAUUUCACAGGGCGCUGCGUCGGCGGGCGGUAUCUGGGACGCCCUGAAGACCAAGGUUCUCGGCUCGGAUGAGGCGCAGAAGGAACCGCGUGGAAUCUUUGGCUCUGUGGAGGUCGACCAAAAGGGUCGGGGUAAUGUCUUUUUGGACCGACCGGUGGCUAUUUGGGAAUUGAUUGGUCGGAGUAUGGUUGUUUCUGGUACUAAGGAGGGACCGUUCAAGCGUGAGGAUGAGAAUACUUUGGUUGGUGUGAUUGCGCGCAGUGCAGGGGUUUGGGAUAAUGAUAAGAUGGUGUGCUCUUGCUCUGGGAAGAAUGUUUGGGAGGAGAGACAAGAGCAGGUUGGUCAGGGAAUGGCGUAG